GGAAGCAAACGAAAGAUUCAAGAAAUAUACAAAUGACUACAAAAGACUAAAACGACAUAGUUUUAACAAAGUAAUAAGUAAGAAAGAGGUUAGAGGAGAGAGAAAGUACUGGGUUGUUCUAUGCCUUCAUCUUCAUGUUCUUUGUGUGUAAAUAUCUACCCCUCUCAAUCAUCAUCAUUCUUCUUCACAAUUUUACGGUUUUUAAUUUCCCCAGAAAAACAAUAAAAUUAAUAACUACCCAAUUUCAUCAUUUUACAUCUUACAUAUUUCAAAAAAAUACCCAAGUUUAUAAUAAAACAAUAUCUCUUUCUUAUCUCAAAAUUUCCAUUUAAUUCAUCUAUAUCUAUAUUAAUUAGAAGUAUUUGCAAAGUCUUAGUCCAACCCAUUUUGAUUCAUCCUCAAAUCUAAAAAACCCAUGUCUAAAUUUCUCUAAUUUCUCAAUCCAUCCGUUUCUUUGAAUUUUCUCUGUUUUCUUCGAAUUUUUUCUUAUCUCAUAGGCAUCAUGGCAGCAGCAGCUUUAAGAUCGAAAUCUACCAAAGAAACUGCAGUGUUAACAGCUUACCAUUUCAGACAUUUUGUGAUGAAUCAGAUGCAUAUGGGUACUAGGAUGACAAGCUAUCACACUAUCCACAAAGCUAGACAAGAAGAUUACUUUAUAAACACCCCUUUUCAUUUCAUGUCAAUUAAGCCUGUUUCACUUCGUGGGGGAUUCAUUGAUGAUAAUAAAUUUAAUAACUUCAUGGGUUUUAGUCAUCAUAAGAGGAAAUUGGGUUAUGGUGCUAGUGUUUUGAAGUGUUCUGGGGACCCACCAGAGUUGUGGCAGCCUCCAUCUGAUGGGGUUGUUGUUCGAGGUCGAGGCAGCGGAGGUGGAGGAGGAGGUGGUAGUGGUGGUUCAAAUGCCGGUGCGGGUGGAGGUGGUGGGUUUGGAUCCAAUUCAAAGGAUGGGUGUUGGGGUGGGUCAAAUUUGGGUAGUAGUUUUCCUACUCCUAAAGAGAUUUGCAAAGGACUUGAUAAGUUUGUGAUUGGACAAGAGAAAGCUAAGAAGGUGCUCUCUGUUGCUGUUUACAAUCACUAUAAGAGAAUUUAUUAUGAGGCCUUGCAAAGGCAAUCAGGGGAGUCAGGGAAUGUUAAAUCAGAUCCUACUGAUGAAGUUGUGGAGCUUGAAAAAAGCAACAUACUUGUAAUGGGUCCCACAGGGUCAGGGAAGACAUUACUUGCAAAAACUUUGGCAAGGCUGGUGAAUGUGCCCUUUGUAAUUGCAGAUGCAACCACAUUAACUCAGGCAGGAUAUGUUGGUGAAGAUGUGGAGUCAAUUUUAUACAAGCUUCUCAUGGUUGCUGAUUAUAAUGUAGCUGCUGCACAACAAGGCAUUGUGUACAUCGAUGAAGUCGAUAAAAUAACAAAAAAGGCUGAGAGCAUGAAUAUUAGUAGAGAUGUUUCAGGAGAGGGUGUCCAACAGGCACUACUGAAAAUGUUGGAAGGAACUAUUGUCAACGUUCCCGAGAAAGGAGCUCGGAAGCACCCUAGAGGUGACAAUAUUCAGAUUGACACGAAAGAUAUCCUUUUCAUCUGUGGGGGUGCUUUUAUUGACCUGGAGAAAACCAUUUCAGAAAGGCGCCACGAUUCUUCUAUAGGUUUUGGUGCUCCUGUACGUGCAAACAUGCGAGCAAGUGGUCCAACAAGUGCUGCUAUAACUUCAUCUUUAUUGGAUAAUGUAGAAAGUAGUGAUCUUAUCGCCUAUGGUUUGAUACCCGAGUUUGUUGGAAGAUUUCCUAUCCUUGUUAAUUUGUCAGCCCUUACCGAAGAUCAACUUGUUGAGGUUCUGACGGAGCCAAAGAAUGCUCUAGGGAAGCAGUUCAAAAAGAUGUUUCAAAUGAACGGAGUGAAACUACACUUGACGGACAAGGCAUUGAGAUUAAUUGCCAAAAGGGCAAUCAGUAAGAAUACAGGGGCUCGGGGAUUGAGGGCUAUACUGGAGAACAUUCUUAUGGAUGCCAUGUACGAGAUUCCUGAUACAAGAACAGGUGACGAUAUCAUUGAUGCUGUCGUUGUCGAUGAAGAAGCGGUAGGAUUGGAGGGGAAAGGACGUGGAGGUAGAAUUCUCAAUGGAAAGGGAGCGUUGGACCGAUAUCUUUCACAACAAAAACAAAAAGAUGUUGAAGGUUCAGAAGGAGAAGCCGAGGCAGAACCGGAGCUGCCUUCUGUUGUUGCAAGUAUGUAAAAUUAAGGAUCAAGGGAUCCAUCCCAUUUGUAUUUUGAUCAUUGUACAGUAUUUAUGAAAGUACAAAAUAAGAGUAAUCCUUUUAUAGAAGAUAGCUAACUGAAGGAGCAAAGGGGACUAAAAUAGGAACAUAUAAAUAUUUUUAUCAUUUUCUACAAAUUUUAAAUGCCUACUCCCUUUUCUUUGAGAAAAUGAACUUGUUUGUACAUCAUAGUGCUUUGUCCCUUUUCCUGAAAAUGGCCAAAUGGAAUAACUUUGUUAAGAUAUUACUCUUAACCAAGUUUUACAUCACAA